GAUUCCAUCUUUUGACGUUACCUUUUGCGCUCUUUAGCCGACUUGCUUCGUCGAUUCAGUUUUGCAUCCGCUCGGUCCGGAUCACUCCACACGAGAAGAGGGGUUGUGAGCGGGGAUACAGUGUAUAUACAAAGCAGCGGAUGUCGGCCAUGAUUGAGUGCGCGUUCAUCAACAGCGUGAUUACCACCGACAGCGGCCGUGAUCUCGCGUCGAGAGGUGCGAGCACAGAGACCAUCAAGACAUGCGCGCAGCACGAUACUAUGGGAAAGAGGAUAUCAGAAUUGAGGAUGAUGUGGCUGAGGCCCAGUGCGGCGCGGGACAAGUCCGGGUCGCCCCCGCGUACGUAGGCAUCUGCGGCAGCGAUCUCCACGAGUAUAUCGGCGGCCCGACCUUCGCGCCCACAACCCCCCACCCGCUGACCCACGACUCCAUCCCGAUCACCCUCGGCCACGAGUUCUCCGGCGUCAUCACCGAACUCGGCCCCGACGUGACCGCCUUCACGCUCGGCCAGCACUGCGUCGUCCAGCCCACGCUCUCCUGCACCACGUGCCCGCCCUGCCUCGCCGGCGCCGAAAACGUCUGCCACGGCGGCGGCUUCAUCGGGCUGUCCGGCGGCGGCGGCGGGCUGAGCGACCACGUCGUCGUGGCCGCGUCUGCGAUCGUCCCGCUGCCCACCACCAUCCCGCUCGACGUCGGCGCGCUCGUCGAGCCGCUCGCCGUCGCCUGGCACGCCGUGGCCGCCGCACCAGUCACCCCGGACAGCACCGCGCUGGUGCUGGGCGGCGGCCCCAUCGGGCUCGCGAUCGUGCAGUGUCUGCGCGCGCAGGGCGUGCGGAGCAUCGUGCUCAGCGAGCCGUCGGGCGCGCGGCAGCGGUUCGCGCGCGCGCUCGGCGCACACCACGUGCUGGACCCGCGGGGCGCGGAUGUCGUGGCCGAGACGCGGGCGCUCAGCGGCGGCGGCGGGGGCGCGGACGUGGUGUUUGACUGCGCGGGGGUAGCGGCGAGUCUGGACGCUGCGUGCAAGGCUGUGCGCGCCCGGGGCACGAUUGUGAAUGUGGCGAUUUGGGAGAAACCCGUGCCGUGGAGUCCGAAUUCGCUGGUGUGGAAUGAGGCGCGGUUUACGGCGGUGUUGGGGUAUCGGAGGGCGGAUUUCGAGGCCGUGGUGGACGGGUUGACUAAAGGGACGCUGAAGCCUGAGGCGAUGAUUACGAGUAAGAUCGCGCUGGAUGAUCUGGUUAAGGAGGGGUUCGAGAAGCUUAUUCAUGAUAAGGAGAAUCAUGUUAAGAUUCUGGUGGAUAUGGGUAUGCUGAAUCGUACGGAUUCGGCGGUGCAUUGAUGGCGUUGGGGUCGGGGGAGUGUUUUAGAAGGAGCAGUUUCCUGAAAGCAGUAGUCGCGGCAUAGGAGUUUCCAAAUCUCCACACAUAGACAAAUCUAAACGCCAAAAAUCAGCCGCGGACGUUCCUCAUACCCUGACCAUCCAGAAGUUGACGUGCGAACACCAUAUAAUCGCUGGCUCACGUCUCUAGCCAUCAAGUCUGUCAAAUCCUGGACUCUCUCUGGACAUUUUGCAUCUAGCAGUUUUCCUCUAUAACAUUGGUCUGCUCAGACUACCAUGCGUCGUCCCAGUUGUUGAUCUGGCUAUCGUUGACUGGAUGAAACAGUGCGGACUGAAAGUACUGUGCAGAUUUUAG